UUUCGUAAUUAGGUUGUAAAUCGUUGUGCAAACGAAACUUUCGUCUGCAAAUAUUAUUUUUUUCGUCGUUGAUUUAUUGUGCACAAUAUAAGAAUAGAGAGAUGUAAAUAAUCAUGGUAGCAAUGGUCAUAAAUUGUUGGAGCGACGAUGGAAGGAAGAAAGGGCCGCGUUCCAAAUAUUGGUUUAGUCGUGUUUAUCGUUGUAGCAAAUUGCGCAAAUAUGUUUGCCUCGGUGGCAAAUACUCCCUAAGUCUGUAUACUAUAAUUAGGUGAGCGCAUUUGCGCUAAUCAAUUACUCCUCAUGCAGCGCCGAAAGCGAUCGCAUCCAAUUAGUUUCGUGCGAUCGUUGUGCGACCGUCUUUAUUCGUGCUUAUUCAUUCAAUUAUUUGUUUUGCUUUUCGUAGUCAAGUUAUAUCAGAGCGUGCGACGGGGGGCCAAUAGAUAAAGGAUUUCCCCAGAGCGCGGAGGGACGAUGGACGUCGGAGAACCGCUUGUUCUGCGCUCAGUAUCGCAAGAGGAACGGAACUGAGCCGUUCUCGUAUCAUCCGUACAUCCAAAAAAUUGUUACUACAAGACGAAGAACCCCGGAUUGCGUGCGGUUUUUUUGUAUGUUGCUGAAUGGGACGCGAGUGCUGCUCCCCGUGAUCCAUCAACUGAACGCUAGUUAAUAACAAUGAAGUUUGCCGAACAUCUAUCAGCGCACAUCACUCCGGAAUGGAGAAAGCAGUACAUAAACUACGAGGAGAUGAAGGCGAUGCUGUAUGUGGCCGUGGAGGAGGCGCCAUGCUCGGAGAGCGUAGACCCGGAAAUUUUGAACCGUCAUUAUCAUAGCUUUGAUGAGCACUUCUUCCACUACUGCGACAAGGAGCUGAAGAAGAUCAACACGUUCUACGCUGAGAAAUUGGCCGAAGCCACACGUAAAUUCGCCACACUCAACACCGAGCUGAAGACGUCCUUGGCGGAGGCCAGACAUCGGCCGAAGUCGCACCACAACAGCGACCAACCCGUCACCAAGAAACCGGCAAUUCCGCCGAGGAAGAUCCAAGAGUUCAAGACGGCCUUCAGCGAGUUCUACCUCAGCCUCAUUCUCCUCCAGAAUUACCAGUCGCUCAAUCACACCGGCUUCAGGAAGAUCCUCAAGAAACAUGACAAGUUAUUUUCAGUCGACAUGGGUGCCAAAUGGCAUGCCGAGUGCGUCGAAAUCUCUCAUUUUUACACGAACAAAGACAUAGAUAAAUUGAUCACCCACACCGAGAACACCUUUAUUAGUUCGUUGGAGUCAGGGGAUAGGCAAAAGGCCAUGAAGAGGCUGAGGGUGCCUCCGUUGGGAGAGCAAAGAUCUCCGUGGACCACGUUCAAAGUUGGACUGUUUUCGGGAUCCUUCAUCGUGCUCCUUAUAGCAGUCGUACUUUCAGCGAUUUUCCAUGAGGGUACGAGCGAGAAUUUAAAGAUAGCUUUCCGCCUUUAUCGUGGUCCACUUCUGAUCAUCGAAUUCCUCUUCCUCAUGGGCGUGAACGUGUACGGUUGGAGGUCGAGCGGCGUGAACCACGUACUCAUCUUCGAGCUUGAUCCGAGAAAUCACCUCUCCGAGCAAGACCUGAUGGAAUUGGCGGCAAUUUUUGGCGUCGUCUGGACGCUGAGCAUACUGAGCUUCCUAUACAGCUCUUCUCUCAGCAUCCCGCCGUACGUGAAUCCGCUCAGCUUGACGGUGAUCAUGCUCUUGUUCUUAGUCAAUCCACUGAAAGUGUUCAGAUACGACGCGCGUUACUGGUUCCUCAAGAUAUGCGUCCGCAUGAUCGGAGCACCAUUCUUCCACGUCAAUUUCGCCGAUUUCUGGCUGGCCGAUCAAUUGAAUAGUUUGGUCGCAGCAUUGCUAGAUUUCCAAUUCCUGCUCUGCUUCUACUUCAGCAACGGCAACUGGUUGGAGGCUGGAGAUUUAGGGCAGUGCCAGGAGAAGAAUUUCAUAAUAAGACCGAUAGUGAACUGCAUUCCGGCUUGGAUCCGUUUCGCGCAGUGCUUGCGCCGUUACAGGGACAGUAAAGAGGCGUUUCCGCAUUUGGUGAACGCGGGCAAAUAUUCAAGCACAUUUUUCUCCGUAAUUUUCGCCACGUUGCGGGCAUUUUAUAACGAUCAGUACGAAGACCCGAUGGACAAUCCGUUCCUUUACCUUUGGAUAGCAGCGAGCUUUAUAAGUUCCUGUUACGCGUACACGUGGGACAUCAAGAUGGAUUGGGGCCUAUUCGAUAAAUCGGCAGGAGAGAAUAGGUUCCUCAGAGAGGAGAUCGUGUAUUCGUCAACUUUCUUCUACUAUUUUGCCAUCAUGAUCGAUUUGGUGCUGAGAUUCGCGUGGGGAUUGAGCUUCUAUUUAACCGAGAACAAGUUCGUGAGCGGAGAUUUAAUGACUUCCAUACUGGCGCCUCUCGAAGUCUUCCGUCGUUUCGUGUGGAACUUCUUCCGUUUGGAGAACGAGCAUCUGAAUAACUGCGGUAAAUUCAGAGCUGUUCGCGAUAUUUCCGUGGCGCCGAUAGACCAGUGCGAUCAGACGCAGAUCAUACGGAUGAUGGACGAGGAGGAUGGAGUGCUGAAUAGGAAAAAGCACAAGUCUGGAAAGAAGGCCAAGGACGAGAUGAAGUUGCUGCUGCAGGAGGAGAUUAUCAGCAAUCUCGAUUCGAGUAGCCCCACCUCGACCAUACACUAACUGCAAACAGUAUUUUAAUUGAACAAUUAACGUGCUAACCCUUAAAUAAUACUUAAUCUACCCGAAUUCAUUCCCUUUUUAUAAAUAUACAUAAAUAUAUACCAUUUUAAGCCAAUUUAUAUGAUAUACAAAGAAACGAUUUAUUACUACUAUUUACUUAUAUAGAUAUACAUACAUACAUUAUUAUACAACUAUUUAAUUAACUUGAAAGGUGCCUUAUUGAUUGCCCGAAGCAGUUUCUUUUCUUACGUUUACAAUAUUCGUACUUAAGAAAGAUGUUUUCUUUUUUUUAAAUAAACUUAAUGUGUAAUUUGCUGUGAUUAGAUUUUCGUAUUUAUCGAGUUUCGCAAAAAGAAAAGACUAUACGACUGUGAGAAGAAGGAUAAAACAAAUAAAUGAAAAACGUAAUAAA